GAAGAAGACGUCGACGUGGUGGAGCACGGUGGCGGGCUGUCUGUCCGUCGGCAGUCCCACCUUCUUCCGCUCGGGAGCGCAGGAGUUCGGUGAGCCCGGCUGGUGGAAGCUGGUCCAGAACCGACCUCCAACUCUGAGACCUGAGGUGGACAAAUCCACUACCAAGACUAAAGCCGCCAAGCCUGCCGUGGACCCGAUCAUCACCGUGGAGGGCCUGAGGAAGCGCGGGGCCAGGAACCCGGUGGAGAACGCCAUGCAGCUGAAGGAAAAACGCUCCCGCACACAGGAGGCCAAAGACAUCCGGCGGGCUCAGAAGGAGGCGGUGGGAGGCUACACCGAUCGCAGCGCCUCCUCCACGCCGGCCAAACUGGGCGGAGGCCGCGGGGGCAGCACUGGACGCCGGCCUGACCUUGUCCUGGAGAAAGGUGAGGUCAUAGACUUCUCCUCCCUCAGCUCUUCAGACCGAACACCGCUCACCAGUCCGUCACCGUCACCUUCACCUGACUUCUCCGCCCCGGGAACGCCAGCAUCUCAUUCAGCGACACCCAGCCUGCUGUCAGAGGCGGACCUCAUCCCCGACGCCAUGCCGCCACAGGCUCUGUUCCACGACGAUGAGGAGAUGGAGACGGAGGGAAUGAUCGACCCUGGGAUGGAGUACAUCCCUCCUCCCAGCUCCAACCUCGCCGCCCGCAAAAAGCUCCGCAUAGCCCCCCCUCACAUUAAACGUGAGGCAGAGAGCGAGGACGAUGAAGGCCGUGACCGCGAGGACGACUUUGAAGAGCCAGUUGGACGAGGUGAAGGUCCGUCUCUCUCCACUGGGGGGUGUGUUGGUGCCGGAGGACCUGAGCGGAGGAGGAUAACUCAUCCUGAGAAAGCAGACGGGGCUGGCGGCGUCUCCCAGACUCCUCGCUUCGCCCUGCUCAGUCUGUACGAGGAGAGGAUGCUGCUGCGACGGCUGGACGCCUGCCCGCUGGCCUUGGCCGUGACUCCGCAGGCCAAACGCCUCCACAGGAAACUACUGGUCCGCCAGGCCAAGAGGCAGAGAGGGCUCCCCCUGCUGGACAUCGACCGGGCCGUCAGCGCCACCCUCAGCCUGGUGGGAGGGAUCUACGGCGCCCAGGAGGGUGGGACACUGAUGCAAGGUGGAAUUAUGGGGAAAUACUGCACCAACAGCCAGGAGCUGCGUAUCCUCGAUCGCUUCCAGACCAACCUUUCUAGCAGGCGGGGCGUCCAGCAGCACUCUGUAUCCUUCUGGCAUCGUCUGAUGGGAGCCGAGGGCAGUUUGGACCAGAGCAUCAAGAGUCCGUACACGUCCCGCAUCCUGAAACCCUACAUCAGGAGGGAUUAUGAGAGUCGUCCAGUGAAGUUGAGGUUGUUGGCAGAGAUCCGGUCGUACCCUCACAGGAAGAACCCUGACUGGGUCCCUGAGCCCAACGCCCCCAUCGACUACUGCUACGUCCGUCCCAACCACAUCCGAUCAGUGAACGCCAUGUGUCACGACAGCUUCUGGCCAGGUGUGGACCUGUCAGAGUGUCUCCAGUACCCGGACUUCAGCGUGGUCGUCCUUUAUAAGAAAGUCGUAGUCGGCUUUGGUUUCAUGGUUCCAGACGUGAAGUACAACGAGGCCUACAUCUCCUUCCUGCUGGUCCAUCCUGAGUGGAGGAGAGCCGGCAUCGGUACCUUCAUGAUCUACCAUCUGAUCCAGACGUGUAUGGGGAAAGACGUGACGCUGCACGUGUCGGCCAGUAAUCCCGCCAUGCUGCUGUAUCAGAAGUUUGGUUUCAAAGCGGAGGAAUACAUCCUGGACUUCUACGAUAAAUAUUAUCCCGUGGACAGCACCGAGUGCCGCCACGCCUUCUUCCUCCGACUCAGGCGCUGAGUCUGCAGCACAGUGCCUUGCUCGAGGGCACCUGGACACAAGCUGCUGCAAUACUGACGGAUUCUACAGCCAACACGUCAGACAGACAGACGCUUUAUCCUGUCUGUCUGAAUGUUUCCACAGCAAGAGAACGACAGGUUGUUUCCUGUUUAUCAACCGAACACAAAGAAACAAUAAAAUCAUCCAACUGUUGGUUUUAUCUGACGAGCUUAUAAAUGGAAAUUAAAAUA